AUGGCUUCGUUUUCUUCUAGAUUAACUGUUACUUUGGUUCUGUUUUUCCUCGUCUUGGGAUGUGCCAAUGCACAGCUUUCUACGGACUUCUAUUACAGUUCUUGUCCACAACUCUUCUCCACUGUGAGAUCCACAGUGGAAUCUGCCAUAUCAAAGGAGGCCCGCAUGGGAGCUUCUCUCCUCCGCUUGUUCUUCCAUGAUUGCUUUGUCAAUGGAUGUGAUGGCUCAAUUCUAUUGGAUGACACAGCAAGCUUCACCGGGGAGAAGAACGCAAACCCCAACAGGAACUCUGCUCGUGGAUUCGAAGUCAUUGACAGCGUCAAAUCAGCCGUGGAGAAAGUGUGUCCAGGAGUUGUCUCCUGUGCAGAUAUCCUUACCAUUGUUGCCAGAGACUCGGUUCAAAUCCUUGGAGGCCCCACUUGGCAUGUUAAACUUGGAAGAAGAGAUUCUAGGACAGCUAGCUUAUCUGCUGCUAACAAUGGCAUUCCUCCACCCACUUCAAACCUUAACCAACUUAUCUCAAGAUUCAAUGCUCUAGGACUUUCCACCAAGGACUUGGUCGCCUUGUCCGGUGGUCACACAAUUGGACAAGCAAGGUGCACAAAUUUCAGAAACCGCAUCUACAACGAGAGCAACAUAGAUACCUCAUUUGCCAGGACCAGGCAAUCUAGCUGCCCCAGAACAUCAGGGUCAGGGGACAACAAUCUGGCACCCCUUGAUCUUCAGACUCCAACAGCAUUUGACAACAACUACUUCAAGAACCUGGUUCAGAAGAAGGGUCUUCUCCACUCUGACCAGCAACUAUUCAAUGGUGGCUCCACUGACUCCAUAGUGCAUGGCUACUUGACGAACCCAAGCUCCUUUUCCUCUGAUUUCGUCUCCGCCAUAAUCAAGAUGGGAGACAUUAGUCCCCUCACUGGCUCCCAAGGAGAAAUCAGAAAGAAUUGCAGAAGGAUUAACUAA